AUGAAGCAGACAUACCUUCAAUAUGAGCGGACGUUGACGAUUCAACGAUUUUGGGCACGAUUGAGCGCUCAACGUUGCUUUGAGCCUCCAUCUUUACACGGUCUUCCCUCAGCCAACCCCCAAAGAACGCCAUUCAACGUUUUUGGGCACGAUCGAGCAGAACCGACUGCUGAAACUACGCUUCUACAUUACAUUAAACAUACCACGUUACUUGCUUGUAUAACGUGCAAAAUAAGUGGGUGCGGGACGAAAGCUACCCGCGAAAAUCAGUUGAUCGCUGCUGCCAGCUUCCGCGGUCCUAUUAUAAUGUUCAUAGCAUUCUACUCUCACUUGCUCCAAUUGCACCUAUCGCGGAGCUGGAUUACAUCCCACAACGCCACGUCUAGCGCAAUUGAGCGCAGAUCCAGGCAUUUGAGGCGUCAAGAACACGUAGGGCCUCAAUUUAUCAGCGAGACAAUCCCUUACACUAAAAAGGUGAUGAUAUCUACUUAUGGCAGUCGUCUCGUUUCAUUUCAUCAGUCCUAUCUGUGCAGGGCUGUAUCGUCAGACCGGCUUCGCAUUUUAACCGUGAUGAGUAUGCAAGCGAUGUUCAGAACUCUAUGUACCACUGGAGAAAGCUCAAUAAAUUUCUCUGAGUGCAGUGAUCAUGGAUUUUUUUAA